AUGGUCUUCAUUAAUGGCCUGUGGGAGAAGAUGUUGCAAGUACCUGAUAUUGACAGCCCACCCAUUUUGUCUCAGUGGGUCCAUGAGGGCCUUCAGCCAUUCCUGGUCGAACCCAAGGUCUUUGCUUGCCUCCAUGCCAAAAACGUGUUGUGUGAGACGUUUCAGAUGAUAGUUGCUGCCCUGAAUGGCAUAUAUUCUGACCUUCCAGUGAAAGAACAGAGGAGUCUCUUCACCGGGAUCAAAUACUAUCUCAUCCAGGAUGGAUCAAACCAGAAAUGCUACAGUGCAGCCAUUCCAGGUCUGAAUUCCACUGCUUGGUUUGAAAAUUAUCUUGGAUCCUUUAUGGAGCAUGCUACUGUUGGAGACCUGCAGCUUUUUGGUGAUGAACCAACACUUCAAAAAUUUGCCAGGGAUCCAGUCAAUAUACAGAUGGUCAGCAACCUCACCUUGCUCUGGGAGACAGCUGUGUACUAUACCUCGCUACUGACCUCUGGGCCUGGUUUCCCCUUAUCGAGUCUCCCAGACAGAUUUGUUUGCUACCUGACCCCCUCGGCAGUGAGCAACCUGAGCAGAGAUGACGCUUUGAGCUUGGCCCAGAGGAUCAGUAAGAACUGCCCAUUGAACCUGACACACAGAGGAAUAACUAGAGAAGGAGCUCCCUCCUCCCUGACAACAGAGGAACUGCAGGUUGCAUCCUCUUUGGUGAGAAAGUUUGAGCAUUUCUCUCCUGCAAUCCUGCGUGCAUUGGGGCAGGCUGCAGUUGGGCUGUCCAUAUCCGACAUUGAAAACAGCAUCAGUGAUGAAGACCUUGAAGCGUCUAUUCCUGCCCUGGGUGAAGUUCGCAGCUGGAACGCUGAGCAGUCCAGCACUAUUAUCAACAAACUGCUCAGCUCUGGCUAUCAGAUCCUGGAUGGCCAGAGCCUGGCAAAGCUAGGGAGCUUGGUGGCUGGCCUCAACAGCAGCACGCUUCGAAAUCUGUCUCCAGAAGUGAUCUUGGAAGCCAUUAAGUUGCCUGAGUUUGUUGAGCAAAUGAUGACCCUGCCCUCUGCUCUGAAAAUGACAUUUGUGGAAAAGAUUUCCUCCAGUAUAGGCGACCCUGCUGACCUGGUUAAAUAUAUCCCUGAUGCUCUGGCCAGUUACAUUCCAAAAUCAUUGCUCGUUUUUGGGGAAAAGAAGCCCAAUAUUCAGGAUCUCAACAGUAAAAUGUGGACCCGAGAACAGGCUGCCAUGUUUUUCAAUGACGUGAUAAAGAUAGAGCCUGACUUCAGCAGGCUUUCCCAGUCAGUCCUCCAAGGCUUCACAUGUGCAGCUGCCAAUGAGAUGGAAGCGGAAAGAUUUCAGGAGCUGGCCAAAGUCAUGAAGAAGAAGAAUGUCAAGCUAGGAGAAGACCAGCUGAGUUGCUUAGUGAAGAUGGUGACGCUGCACGGGAUUCCCAAGGAUUUAGAUAACUACCCUAAAGACCUGUUGCUGUUUUUAAGUCCUUCAGACUAUGCGGCGACAGGAAGCUGUAGGCAGUACUUUGCUAAUAUUGGGAAAGCAAAUCUUGAUGUUCUGCAAAGAGAGUCGUCUCAGCGGAAACAGCUGCUCUUGGAGGCUUUAGCAUGUUUGAAAAUUCCUGGCACACAAGUAAAUGAGGAAAAUGCAGAGGUUCUGGGACGUCUGGUCUGUGACCUGGGUGGAGAAUACAUUAGAAAUUCUGGUGGGAAUUUGCUGAAGCAAUUAAGCCAGUGUGAAUCUUUCCUGCCUGAUCAAGAAGAGGCUAUUAGGAGCGUCAUCAGCAGUGGUAACACUACAUUUGGGCCUCCUGUAGCAUGGUCAGCUUUUACCUUGAAUGAGCUCAGUGGAUUGAUUCCUGUAUUUGAUCACAGCAUCUUGCAGAAGAUCCCCAAGGAUGCUUUAACUCUUUGGCUGAAAAACUUUGCACACGAUUCACUUCUGUCAAGGGAACAGCUGGCCACCAUUGUUGAAGAACUCCUGCCUACUAGGCAUAAGCGUGCUGAUGGUUGCCCAGCUGGCAAGCAGAUAACAGAGAUGGUUCUUAAUGAUGACUUGAUGCCUAUUGACUACCCACCUGAGGAGUUACGUACUUGCCUGAAGAAUGUCACUCUGGAGAAUCACCUCUCUCAGAUACUGACCUACCCUUUCAGUACUGAGCAAUUAGCUGUGCUGAAGAGCAAUCUGGAUGAGACAUAUCCUGAUGGGUAUCCUGAAGGUCUGCUCGCCAAACUGGGUCCCCUCCUUUCUUUCAUCACCCCUGAGGAUGUUUCCAACUGGAAGAUAACUUCAGCUGACACGCUGGCUGUCUUGCUAAGAAAUCAGCCCCCUGAUGAGCAGGCUUCUGCAAUAAUUAAACGAUAUGUUGGCUUGGGAAAUGCCUUGAAUGCCACUGCACUGAACGCAAUUGGUACGAAAUACGUGUGCCUUCUAAAGGAGACCGAAUUGAAUACGAUAGACUCCAACAGCUUGAAACUGGCAUCUCUGAAUCCUUCAGCCUGUUCACAGUUUACAAAAGACAUCUUAUAUGCUAAAGCAAAACGUGCUUUCUCAGAUCAGCAGUACUUACCUGCUUACUAUAAGCUUAUUCAACCAUAUCUAGGGGGUGCUCCCGGUGUGGAUCUCAGAGCUCUAAGCAAGGACAAUGUGAAUAUGGAAGUUAGUACUUUUGCGAAGUUAAGAAGAGACUCUUUGAUGAGCCUGACGCCUUCUGAGGUUCAGGGCUUGCUGGGGAUAAAUCUUGAUGAUCUGGAGAAAUGGCAGAACAAGUCUCCCAUCCGGGAGUGGGUCCGAAUGCAGAAACAAUCCGAACUGGAUAAGCUGCAUGUUGGGCUCACGGGGGGGACACAAGAAGGCUACAUCAACAUCGUCACACCCAAAUUUCUGCUACCAUCCUCAGCCUCUCUGGGUACUGUGGCCAUGACGCUCCACCUCCUGCCUGCUCUGCUUAUCAGUUUCCUGAUGAUGUUGGUCUUGUCUUGAAAAUCUUCCCUCAAGAGAAAGCAAGAUGAGGGGGAGCAGCCGGUGACCUGCCCUUGUUGGGGACAACCACACCUGGGGGAUGAGGGGGUGCUCAGUGCUAGCAGGCAAUUGUUAUGCAGCCCAGGCUUCACUUUUAGGUACUUUUGUCUUUCAAAUCACUCAAAAAAACCCCAG